AUGGCAGCUAGUCGGCGACUCACCCCUCUUCGCCCAUCCAUCCGCCUCUCCCCAAUUGAUUCCCGCGACAAUUCACGAUCUACCUCACCGGAACGAAAUCCCGGAUCCUUAUAUCCCAAAGUUGAUCCUCUGCUCAGCAACUUGUCCCCCGAAUCCACCCUACACGCCCUUACCUCCACCGAAGCCGUACCGGCGAACGGAAACUUCUCGCAUAUCCUUUCACAGAGCAUCUCGCAAGUCUCACCUGCCGAACGUGCCCUGGGCAUCCGUGCUGCCAUAGCGGCCCGCAACCUUAAUCUUUGGUACAAGGAGGUGCAGGCGUGGCCAUGGCCGAAAGUCAACGAUGCCGCUGCAGGAAAAGGCUUCAUGCCUCCGCCAUCCCUGGAAGAGUCGAACUCUCCAUCGGCCUCCGAUGAGGUAACCUAUUAUGGGAGCUUGCCGGCUGAAUUGGUAGAGGAGUAUGAAAAGAGAAUUGAAGAGAUCCGUGAUGGAAUGGACAACUUGGAUGUGGACGAAUUAAAGGAGCACGUCCUGAAUGCCCACAUUCCUUCCCGGUCUCGCCCUUCUUCCUCGACCAGCACCGUGUCCGUGCCCCCUCCGCUCAGCUAUGUGCAACUCAGUGACUUCACCGCCAUAGUCACUGCGACAAUUUUACGCGCCCUGCCCUAUUUGGCCCGAUUGAAUAACUUGUUGACAAUAUGGGAGGUUCGCCUUCUAGUUCUCCGUUAUGUUCCUGGUCUUCUGAGAGAGUUACGGUCAACUCGAUUCGCUUUGAAUGCCUCCAGCCGCGAAGUUCAGUCAUCUAACACCUCGGAAGACGUCGAAACUCGAUUUUCAACCCCUUACCUACGUGAUCAACAUAUCAAACUUGAGUCGGCAGUCAUUGCUGUGGGGAAACGGAUGGAUCGCGUUCUAGAUGCGCUGGAGGAUCGAAAUGAUUCUUUGCCUGAACAAUGGAUUGAUGACCUAGAAAGUAUUGAAGCUGAUUUUGCAGCAUGGGUGGUUGAGACGGAGCGAUACAAGCUCCGCACCGAAUGGCUACGCGCGAAACCUCAGCCCAAGGAAGCCGAAUCAUGCGAAGCACCAUAUUAUACGUCUGAUGUCCCUAAGGAACUUGAUGUCAAAUCAGCCAAUAUCCCCGUUGAAACCAAGCCUGCUCAGGAAAACGCUCCAAUGGAGACUAUCAAGGGAGAACAUCGUCUUAAAUCACAACUUUCACAGCUUGCUCUGUCGACAAAUCUUCCAGCCCACGAGCAGUCUGAUGUUCAAACUUCCACACCAUCUGGUGGCCUCGACGCUCCGCUUAGCUCCGGUAUCCCUGAACCAUGCAGCCGCGAACCGACCAAUCAAAAGCCUGCAAUUCAAUCAAAUGUUGUCGUCGCGGAAGAUCUUCAAACUCCAACGCAGUUAACUUUUCUUCGAGGCCUGUCACUGGAAACCCCACAUGUCCAGUCACCAUCCCGAAUUCCUUUGCCAGUGGCACCUGAAGUGCAGAACAAGGAAAACAUCCCACCCCAGGGUUUUGUGCUUCAGCAAUCACCUUCUGUCCGAGAAUCUGCAUUUAAGCCGGUUGUGCUGGGUGAGCAUAAAGAUGAUGAUCCUUUCGUUCCCAAGCCUACUACUCAGACCGAGAGCAAGCAAGAACCGAAUACUACUGAUACAGCCACUGCUACUGUAUCCACAAUCCAAGAAGCUCAUCAAGCUGUGGGUCUCCAAAGUGAGUCUGUUUCGAAUAUCAGGAAACAAAUCACCAAAACCUCGACUUUUGGUGGGGAUGGGUCGAAUGAUUCGGAUGUUGUGAUAAGAACAUCGCUUCCAAUGAGACCUGAGACCCACGCUGAACAAAAGCCAAUCAUGGAAACACCAGCGACCUCGGCCGAAGUUUUGAUGGAUACACAAGACAAUGCUGGUGUCCCGCUUAAGGGAUCAUCCGCCAAAUCCACGCCUCAGAAGCCAAAAUCGAACAUCCCUAUACCAAAGCCUGUUCAAGCCACAUCAAAACCGCUCCCAGUCAAAGAUGAUGCGCCGGAGCAGCAAGGUCCUUCCAAGAAGAAGCCACUACAGAGCCCUAUCAAGCUAUCCAAGACUCGCCAAGGAAAGCCCGGCGAUAAGGGGUCCCCAAAGGCUCGCACUCGUCGGCCAUCAACAGGCUCUGUGGGCUCUUUCUUGUCAGACAGCUCUCUUGCUAGCCCUCAUGCAACUGAGCCGCAUACUGGCUCGUCAAACGAGGGUCACCACCAGGAAUUCACUCGUGACCAUAUGCUCCGUGCAGACCGUCUUCGCCGACUUGAAAACUCGAAGAUGUCUGCCCUUAGUGCCUUCCAGCCAAAUCGCGCCGUGAGCCUGCCUCUUCAGCGGUUUAUUAAUGAGAAACUGGACUUGGAUUUGAGUACUGAAUCGGUACCCGAGAUGCCUGAUAUUCCUGAGCGUUUCAAGUCAACAAGCCGAGCAGUAGUAUCUACACCUGCAGCUCCACAUGUUCCCAGACGCCGCCCUGCUCUCGUCCGUGGGAAGUCUGCGUCGGACCUGAAGAACAGUGACGCUUCAUCCAAUGCUCCAGACCGCAGUCUGCCAAUCUUUGGUGGUAACACUGCACGCAGAGCCAUGCAGCAUCAAGAUCAACCCAAAUCUGAGCGCCUUCGCCAGCGGUUGACUACUCAUCCUAGCUUGGAGAGUCUUGGGGUCAAGAAGCAAGAACUUUCUUAUGUUGAGGAGGACUCAGAAUUAAUUGAUAUCGGUUCCCGCUCAUCAACUCCAAACAAGCUAUCCAGGAAGCCAAGAGACCAGCUUGAUGAGAAGAUCAAUUCUAUUCUCAGCACGAUCCCUGGCCGUAUCCAUCUCGUCGAUCCCAGCAAUGAGGCAGAUACUUCAUCAUCCUCUUCAUCCUUGGAUCGAAAGAUGCGAGAGCGAUACCUUUCCGAGUCACCAAACGGGCCUUCCCGAAGUUUCACCCCUGCCCCUUCCCUUACGCUUAUGCCUGCUACCCGAAGGCGUUUGUCAUAUGUGCAUAAGACAGAGGACAGUUACGUCAAGCUCUAUCAUCUGCAUCAUGGCGGCCAGACCACACCCACCAAACUAUUUGUUCGUACUGUCGGUGAAGACGGCCAACGAGUGAUGGUUCGAGUUGGUGGUGGCUGGGCAGAUCUUGGCGAAUACCUUCGCGAAUAUGUGGUCCACCACGGCCGUCGCAAGGUCUCUGAAACUCCCCGAGUUGAGGUGCAAGGUCUUUCAACUCGCUCGUCCCCUAGUUACCCCUCCCCUGCCAAUCUUGUUCCCCCCGCUAUCUCCUCCCUCAGCUCUGGUCGUGUUACCCCCUCUCGACCCCCCUCUGUUCUCGGUGCUCGCCCACCAUCCUCCCUUACCGUCCGCAAAUCCCGACGCGACUCCACUGCAUCCGAGAUAGUGGGUCCCAGAUCCGUGACAACAGGAACCCUGAACUCCUUUACCUCUCCUCCAUCUGCAGAAGCUCCAGGUCGUCGUCUUUCAAUGUCUUCAAGUUACUCUUUUGCGGACCUGCAUUCCCCCUCCCAACUCCCUGUGCCAUCCCACGACACCUCGACCCCCCUCGGCCUCGCUGGUCCUAAGCCUCGCUCGCGACAAAUCUCAAUGAGUCCCGAAGGCGAAGCCUGGGUCGAGACUGUUCUCCAGAAAACCCGCCGAUCCACCUCUUUCAAUCCUCCACUAGAACCAAACGCCUCCCCUGAAAACGAUGGUGAAAACUAUGAUCUCCCUGACCACGACCACUCUGGCCGCAGAAUACCUAAAGUCCGAAGCAUCGGCGAUAUCAGCCUAAAUGGCACAGGCAGACGAGUUGUGCUCAAAGGACUGGGCAAUCACAGAUAA